UUCACAGCCCAGACUGAGCUGGCACCUCUGGGACUGACCCAGCUGCUGGAGUCACCGAUGUCCCCAGCAGCAACGCCUGCCAGGACCUGUUGGAGUCACCUCCCAUCACUUCUGUCCAGGAUUCACACACAGCUCGUGCCCCUCCCAGCCCCACACCACCCCUCUCUCCCUGCCCCUGCCUUGGGUGGUCUUUCCUCCAAAACAGGUGGUCCCAGCAGUGGAGAGAGACACCCCAGCCACACCCACACAAAGCAUCCCCUGAGGAGGUUGUAGCUGCAGAGAGACCCAGCUGCCAUGGCCUCUGCCGUGCCCGACAAGCAGGAGGUUGCCCAGAGCUCCCCAGAGGUGGAGAAAGAGCAAGAGGCUGCAGUGAAGGAGGUGGCUGAUCUGAGCCUGGUGAGCUCUGCCUGUGACGUGGUUUCUGCAGCUUAUGCCUCCACCAAGGAGAGCCACCCCUGCCUGAGGUCUGUGUGUGACGCUGCAGAGAAGGGAGUGCAGAGUGUGACCGAGGCCACGGCCAGCUGUGUGCUGGCCACCCUGGAGCCCCACGUCGCUGCAGUGAGUGAGUAUGCUGCCAAGGGUUUGGAUAAACUGGGGGAGAAGCUGCCACUCCUUCCAAAGCCAGUGGAACAGAUUCUCUCUGACACAAAGGAGCUGCUGUCAUCCAGGGUGGCUGAGGUGAAGGAGGCUGUGAGCAGCAAAGUGCUGGAGGUGCUGGAUGCCACCAGGGAGACUCUGCAGGGCAGCGAGGGGGCUGCCACACCUGCAGUGACCAGUGCUGCUGGGCUGGGGCCUGCAGUGGCACACAUGGGUGUCUGUGGAGCAGAGGCUGUGCUGGGGACAGCAGAAGGUGACUCUCUCCCCAUUGGGAAUGAGGAGCUAGCCCAGCUGGCAGAGCGUGAGGAGGGCGUGGACGUGCUGCCCCUGCAGCAGCAGCGGGAGCACAGGAGGUACUUUGUGCGCCUGGGCGCUCUCUCGGAGGAACUGCGCCUCUUCGCCCACCUGCACUCCACAGCCAGGAUCAAGCAGGUCUGGCAGGGCAUGCAGGGGGCCCUGGCACAACUCCACUGCAUCCUGCAGCUGGUUGAGGCGUUUAAGCAAGGAUUUAAUCAAAAGCUUCAGGAGGGGCAGGAGAAACUACAGCAGAUGUGGCUGGACUGGAGCAGGAAGUAUCUCAGAGAGAGUGGAGAUGAAAGCCCUGCAGAGCCAGAGGAGAUGGAGUGUCUGACGCUGCUGAUGGCACGCAGGCUCACCCAGCAGCUGCAGCUCACCUGCUCGGGGGUGGUGGCUGCCAUGCAGGGCCUUCCCUGCAGCCUGCAGGACAAGCUGAAACAGGCUCUGGGUGCCACCAAGGAGCUGCAUGCUGCUUUCUCAGAGGCAAACUCCUUCCAGGACUUGUCCAGCAGUGUCCUGACCCGGAGCCAGGGGGAGCUGGCUGUGAUCCAGGAGUACAUGGAGGAGCUGCUGGAUUACCUGAAGAACAACACCCCUCUGUCCUGGCUGGUGGGGCCCUUCUCCCCCAGGGAGGAGGAGAAGGAGAAUCAAUCCCCCCGGGAGGAGGAGGAGGAGGCAGCAGGAGCUGGGCACCUGGAAACCUCCAGCACCCCCAUGUAAAGGAUAAAACAAUAAUUGCUGUUGGCAUUAAACCCUCAGUAAGUGGAAA